UCGCUUUUACACUGCAAAGACGGUCAGAGCUGGUUCGUUCGGUCCGUCAGUCUUCCUCUCUUCGCUGCGGGAAUGUUAUACAGGCACCGGAGCGACGGGCUGCGGUUUUCGGUGGACUUUACCCUUCUAUGCAGCCACUGUGAGAGGGGUUGUUAUGCUUUAAAGAGGGAGAAGGAGCGGAGCGAGGCAAAGCGCAUGGAAGGGAGGCACCAUGAGUUCAGCGGAAACUAAGAAGCCACCAGUGGCCCCAAAACCAAGACUGGUGAUAGGACACAAAAUAGUGCCACCUCCUGUAGCACCAAAACCAGAAGUUGUGGUGGUGGAUGUUUUGCAAUCCUCAAGAAAAACAAAGCCAGUGAUAGCACCAAAACCAAAGGUGCUUAAAUGUUCGACUGUUCCUGAACUUAAAACUGCCCCCACUUCCAUAAGGAGAAAUUUAAAGACUUUAGAAGAUCACAAAAAAGACUCUUCUGAGUACUUGGUUCAUCUGAAUUAUAAAAAUGGGAUUCCAACAGAUAAUGCGGCUUAUAUUAUAUCUCUCUGUUCUUGCAAUUUUGAAUGCAUUCAUAAAUGUGGAAAUGGGAGGAUACCCACAAAAAAUGCAACCAUUUUUGAACAGUUAGAAAACCUAGAGAACAUUAAUAUAGAUGAACAGCCAUCAUCAUCUCUAAAGCGUGGGACAAUAUUUGAAAGCAAUAAUGAAAACAAUUUAAAUAACUAUAAGGUUGUCUUAAAGGCUAAUGAUCUAGAGGAAAAACUUGAAGAUGUUAUGAUACAAAAUGUUUACCCUAAUAAUGGCCAUUUGAGACAAAAACAUUUAAGUAAAUAUCAAACAGUUAAUGCAGUUAAUUCUAACAAAAAUGUUAAAAUAGAAUUUUCUCCACCUAUAUCCAAUGUAGAAGAAUUUAAGGAGAGUUCAAGUAAUGAUGCAAAGUUAACUGCUGUUGAAUCUGAAAUGUUAGAAGUUCCACUUUUGACUGAAAACAACAAUAAUUGUUUCUCUUUGAGUAACCCAGCACAUAUGGAAAAAAUGGAUGUGAAUAAUACAUCUGUGAUAUCUUGCACAAAAGACAGUGACAAACUUUCAUGUGGAACCAACUCGGUAGUAUCAACUAAACCUUUUCCAGUUCCAAAACCAAGAAAGCUACACACUCCCUGUCUAGUUCGUCAAGAUGGCAUAGAUGCUUCAGGAGAGGAUGAAUGUGAUAGUUCUGGGAUUCAUGAGUUUGCCAUUAAGAAUACAACAAAAAUUAAUGUUCUAGUUCAAAGUGUUUCCUAUAAAAAUCAAGAACAUCAAAGUGCAGUAGAUAAAUCUGAAGUUGCUUCAUAUUCUGUAAGAAAAGUACAUUCAACAUCAGAAUCUACUGAUGCCAAAGAACUGAUUCCACAAAGCCAGUUAUCUGAAAUUGCACAUAAACACUGUCCCUUUUUAGAAAAUAUUGGGCAUUCUUCAGACCUUAAUUCAAUAAAACCUUCCAUUAACAUAAUGGAAGAUAACAGUAUGUUGGCAACUGAUGCUGAAGAGACUGGCUUUGUAAGGUGUAGUAACCUAUCCAUGAGUUUGCCUAAACAAAUAAAAUUAUCAUGCAAUCAAACUUUACCUGCCUUGGUGACUCUUGAUGACUCUGCACAAAAGAAGGAAGCUAAAGAUGUUUACUUAAAAGGUGAAAGUUCAUCUCGAAUCAUUCCAAAGAAACCUCAAAGACAUGGCAUUGCUGUAGCUGGGCUUUUGAAAAAAUCUGCAUCAGAGGAACUAUUAGACACAAGUGCUUACUUUUCUAGUGAAAAUAAAACUUUAGAGGCUCCUUUGGAGAGGCCUCGGAUAAGGCAUUUCUCAGCCAGAGAACAAAAUACAGUCUUAUUGUGUGAUACUCCAACAUCAUCUUCGGAAAAACCAAUUUGGAAAUUACCUCAUCCUAUUCUUCCAUUUUCAAGAAACCCAGAAACCUUAAAAAACACAAAAAAUGCAAAAAAGGUAGAAAACUUCAGUACUGUAACUAAACCUCGAGCCAAGUCCUUGUCUUCUGUAGAUAUGGACAGAAUACACAAGCCUCCAAAAGAACCUCAAAAGAAAAGCUCACUAAAAAAAUUCUUAAAUAUGAAGUGGUCUGUUUGGAUGUUGAAAAGUGACUUCCAAAAAUUCCUGGCAAAGGGCACACAGUCUACAGAUAAUGCCAAUGGGGAUAUUCCUAGUGGAGAGGGGCCUGGCAAAAAUGGAAAUGCGAUUGCUAUGGCAAAUGGAAGGAAAGCUAAACCGGCAAAGGCACAUUCAGCAGAAAUAGGCAGUUUUUUCUCACAAAAGGGAAAACAAAAAACCAGAGCUCAGAAUGAAAUUAAAAUCAAUCAAAGAUCAAAGUCUUUAGAUGAACAGACUUUCUCAUUACAAGGACACUUGACUUCUGUUACUCAAGACAAUACACAUGAAUAUGAAAAUGUAAGCCAUUAUGAAGAAAUCCCAGAAUAUGAGAAUUUGCCUUUUGCAGCUACUGAUGAAAACAUACGUUUUGACAGGCAAAAUUCUAGCAUUGUUGAAAACCAGGAUACUAAUAUGUAUGAGGUGGAAGAGCUGUAUGAACCUACAGGGAGCUGUUUAGAAUUUGGCAGGUCAUCAGCAGAACGUGAUGGAUCAGAAUUAAUGUUAGAAGAUAUACAUUCAGAUGAUGAAAUAAUGCCAAGAGAUGUGAAUAGCUCUGAUGAGGAUGAAGAUGAUACGAAUUCAGACUCCAGUAAAGGGGAGUCUGAUGCACAAGAAAACAAGCAAUUUAGGGCAUCUGGGAAGAAAACAAAGGUUUAUCAUAUUGCUAAGGAAAUCAUGAGCUCAGAGAAAGUGUUUGUAGAUGUUCUAAAGCUCCUGCACAUUGAUUUUCGGGAUUCAGUGGCACAUGCUUCUAGGCAGUUUGGAAAGCCAGUAAUUGAAGAUAAGGUUCUAAAUCAGAUCUUGUACUAUCUACCUCAGCUAUAUGAACUUAAUCGGGAUCUCCUGAGAGAACUAGAAGAACGCCUUUCUCAUUGGAUUGACCAUCAGAGAAUUGCUGAUAUAUUUGUGAAAAAGGGGCCUUACUUAAAGAUGUAUUCAACUUACAUAAAAGAAUUUGAUAGGAAUGUAGCCCUCCUUGAUGAACAUUGUAAAAAGAACCCUGGAUUUGCGGCUGUUGUUCGAGAAUUUGAGAUGAGUCCCCGCUGUGCUAACUUGGCACUAAAACACUAUUUGCUGAAACCAGUUCAGAGGAUCCCUCAAUACAGGCUUCUUUUAACAGAUUAUCUAAAGAACCUUUUAGAAGAUUCAGCUGACUUCAAAGAUACUCAGGAUGCUCUUGCUGUUGUUAUAGAAGUGGCCAAUCAUGCAAAUGACAUUAUGAAACAGGGGGAUAAUUUUCAGAAACUUAUGCAAAUACAAUACAGCUUGACUGGUCAUCAUGAGAUUGUGCAGCCUGGGAGGGUUUUUUUGAAAGAAGGAACAUUGAUGAAACUGUCCCGGAAAGUAAUGCAGCCAAGAAUGUUUUUUUUGUUUAAUGACACCCUGUUGUAUACAACUCCUCUGCAGUCUGGAAUGUAUAAACUCAACAACAUGCUCUCGCUGGCUGGAAUGAAAGUUAAGAAGCCAACCCAUGAAGCUUAUCAAAACGAAUUGAACAUAGAAAGUGUAGAACGAUCCUUCAUCCUCUCAGCAAAUUCUGCUACAGAGAGAGAUGAAUGGUUAGAAACUAUCUCUCAGUCAAUUGAAGACUACACCAAAAAAAGAAUCACGUUUAAUCCUACUAAAAGUCUGGAAGAGGCAGACCAAGAAAAAGAAGAAGAAAGACCGGUAGGAUCCAAAGCUCCAAUCUGGAUUCCUGAUACCAGAGCUACCAUGUGUAUGAUUUGUACCAGUGAAUUCACUCUGACAUGGAGAAGACACCACUGCAGAGCUUGUGGGAAGAUAAUCUGCCAAGCUUGCUCAUCAAAUAAACAUGGAUUAGACUACAUGAAAAAUCACCCUGCAAGAGUUUGUGAUCAUUGCUUUAAAGAGCUGCAAAAACAGGAUAAUAUGUACACUUCUAAAAAUGGAUCUCCACUAAAUCACCGAUCGCCAACUAAUGCUUUGUCUACAGUAUUGCACAGUAUUCCAUCUGGCAGGAAGCAGAAAAAAAUUCCAGCUGCACUGAAGGAAGUAUCAGCUAAUACAGAAGAUUCUUCAAUAAGUGGCUACUUGUACAGAUCAAAGGGCGCUAAGAAACCAUGGAAACACCUGUGGUUUGUGAUAAAAAAUAAAGUGCUAUACACAUAUGCUGCUAGUGAGGAUGUAGCUGCUUUAGAGAGCCAACCUUUACUGGGUUUUACAGUUGCUGAAGUUAAAGAUGAACACUUAGAAUCUAAAGUUUUCCAUUUAUUGCACAAAAAUACUUUAUUUUACAUAUUCAGAUCUGAUGAUUCCCAGUCAACACAGAGGUGGAUAGAAGCUUUUCAAGAAGCCACAAUAUUGUAGCACAUUCUGGGUUUAAAGACACUGUCAGAUAACUAAAUGAUAUUACAGUUCUGUAUGUUAGAGUCAAUAAAUUGGCACAGGGCUGGGCAAAGCCUUUUUUUAAAGAGUGGCCUGAACCUGGUCUCUGGUUCAGGCAUAAUGAUUUUUAAAGAAAUGUGAAUAAUUGUUGUCAUACAAAAUAUGUUAUUUAUUAAACUCUGCCACUGUUUUA